UUCCACGUUUCCCCUUGCGCCAUAUAGCCAAAACAAGAAGAUAAAAAUUUCUCUCCUCUUCUCCAGAGACUUCAAUGGCGCCACCGACUAUUCUCUUCCUCCUCAUAGCUUCCUUCUUCCUCGCACCGCCGCCCCACCUGCAAGUUCAAGCCGCUGACCAAGCCUUCACGUCUGUCGUCAUCUCCCAAAAGGGUCUCGAUUUUCUCAAGGACUUGCUGGUAACUCAGGCUGUUUCCUCCAUAAUUCCACUCCAGCUCCCCAAGAUUUCGAAAUCCAAGAGAAUCCCGUUUCUGGGAAACGUUAAUAUGGUGCUCUCCAACAUCACAAUCUACGGAAUCGAUGUGGGUCCGUCGCAUUUCGAGCUGGGAGACGACGGAAUCGCCAUUAUUGCUUCGGGGGUCACCUGCAAUCUGAGCAUGAAUUGGCACUAUUCCUACAGUACUUGGAUUGCUCCCGUUGUUGUUUCGGAUGAAGGUCGUGCCUCGAUUCAGGUUGAAGGCUUGGAAGUUGGGCUCUCAUUAGGCUUGGGGAUCGAGGAGGGAACUUUGAAGCUUACCCUUAACGAUUGUGGUUGUUACGUUAAAGAGAUAUCCAUAAAAUUGGAUGGAGGAGCCUCUUGGCUUUAUCAAGGGAUGAUUGAUGCAUUUGAAGAGCAAAUAGGAUCUGCAGUGGAAACUUCUAUGACCAAGGAACUCAAAGAUGGCGUUUUAAAGCUCGAUUCUUUUAUGCAAGCUCUUCCAAAGGAGGUGCCGUUGGAUGAUAAUACUGCUUUGAAUAUGACUUUUGUGAAUGAUCCGGUAUUGAGCAAUUCUUCCAUAGGGUUUGAGAUUAAUGGUUUAUUUGGAAGAAGAAAUGCUUCAGUCUCUGAGUACCACAAUAAGGAUUCACUCUCUGAGUACCGCAAUAAGGAUGCACAACCCUUAGUUUCCUGCUCAGAUCCAUCUAAAAUGCUCGGAAUUUCACUGGAUGAGGCAGUGUUCAACUCUGUAGCAGCUGCCUAUUUUAAUGCAGAAUUUAUGCAAUGGAUUGUAGAUAAAAUACCAGAUCAGUCUUUUUUGAACACUGCCGGAUGGAGAUUUAUUAUUCCCCAACUAUACAAGAAAUACCCAAACCAUGAUAUGGACUUGAACAUAUCCUUAUAUUCUCCUCCAGUCGUGAGGAUUUCAGAGCAUAAUAUUGAUGCUACCAUUUACUCGGACCUGAUAAUCGAUGUAUUGGAAGAAGACAGAGUAAUACCAGUUGCAUGCAUCUCAUUGGUCAUUCGUGGUUCCGGUUCAGUAAAAAUCUCAGGCAAUAACUUGGCUGGCAGCGUGAAAUUGAACGACUUUUCAAUGUCGUUGAAGUGGAGCAAUAUUGGAAAUCUUCGGUUGUAUCUAGUACAGCCAGUAAUGUGGACAAUUAUUCAGACUGUUUUCUUGCCAUACGUGAACUCGCAUCUCGGAAAGGGAUUCCCUUUACCAAUCGUUCACGGCUUCACCCUUCAAAACGCUGAACUAGUCUGCUCGAGUUCAAGAGUCAUGGUCUGCAGCGAUGUAAUAUAUGAGGCAUCACAUUCACACAAUCUUAAUUGGCUUCUGCACAGCAUUGUCUAAACGCAUACAUCAUCCUUGACUUGGUCUUUGCUUAUGAGGAUUCAAGGCCUCAGCAUUCCCUCUUUGUAUGUCGCAGUUCAAUGUUCAUAUGUAAAGUUCAGAGGGAAGGAGAACCCUUCCGCUCGUUGAAUGUGAAAUUGUAACAUAUAACUUGUUCAAUGUGUGUAAAAACACCGGUGUACAUGUUUUAGUUGGAGAAAACUACUUGCUACA